GGGGGCCAGGGCUGGGAGGCGACCUGGGGGCGCCCCCAACUUCUGCGCGGCGGAGGGCGGGUGGGGAGGCGGCAGCCCCCAGCCGCCCCCACUUAAUGAAGCGGGGGAAGGGGGGGAGGCUUUAGAGGGUGGGUUGGGGGCUCUGGCUUCCCGUCGCGGAAUGGGAACUGGUGAUCCCAGACUUGAUCCCGCUUGACCGGUCUUUGGAGUUUGGUGGGGGGAGACUUUCCCCAACUCUUCAGCCCCCAAAACAGGUUUGUGGGAGUUCAGCUUAGCCAGACCUGCCUCGGGCACUGGUUGAACCCAGCGCUCGGUGCCCCCAGCCCAAGGGGGUGUGUGUGCGUGUGCUGGGCCAGAGUGAUUACUCAGGGAGUGCUGGGGGGAGCCAGGGGUUCCCUCUCCCACAGCCGCAACGCAUUUCUCAAAAUGGAGCCUCCACUUGCCCCUCCUUCUCUCUCGGGCUCCCGCUCUUGGAGCCGGGCAGGCUGGGCCUGGCUUUCCAGAGGCCUGGCCCUGGCUCCCUGGGUGUCUGGCUUGUAGGUUCCAGUUUUUCUAUCUUUUCUGGGUUUAGGGGCCCCUGGCUCCGUGGGAUGGGAUUCAGGGACCCAGGCUCACUGGGUCAGCUUGUCUCCUUGUCUGCCUGACCCUGGGGCCUCUCUGAGUCUUUGUCUCUUGUCUUUGGGGUCUCUGUCUUUCUCUGAGUCUGUCUCUCUCCUGCCCUUAUUUCUCACUUUCUCAGGGCUCACUGAAGUGGGCAAAUGUGGACAGAGGUGCCGACCUCCAUUGCCCCCUAAGAAUCCCCUUCCCCACAGCUUUCUCUGUGCCCUGGAGUGGUGCGGGAGAGGGCAGGAGAUGGCAAGUGCCAUCUGCUUAGCCCAGGUCUGGCCCUUGGUAGUGGGCUCUACUCUUCCCCAGGUCCCAACCCCUAGCUCCUCCGGCUUCAGUCUGGAUACCUUCCUGGUUCUCAGGGUCCUUUGACUUGGUAGGGAGGUGGAGGGUAGGCCUAGGGGAAUACCAGCCCGAAAGGAGGCCAGACCAGGCAAAGGAGUCAGAUAAUGUGUGUCUCCUUUCCCCACACUCCAGUGAGUGACAAGAACCAGGCUCCUGCUCACGCAGUUGGCCCUGCUUUCACCCAGGCUCCUACCCACUCUCACACAUGCUCUGUACACAUGCACACACACACACUCCUCUGCACAUACUUGUGCACCCUCACUUUCCUCUUCGUAUGUUCAUGUAAGAUACAGGGAGUUUUACAUACAAACUCAUGUGUACCUGAAGGGACAUCCAUCCAAAGACACUCAAGAUAGUUGAGCUCAUACACCACAAAUUCAUGUAUCAUAGACACAGUUAUUACUUUUACAUAUUUUCUGAGGGAUCCCGAUGCACACUCGUACUCUCAUAUGUCGUGUUAAUCUGCACAUAUGAAUAAUAGGAAUGUAUUGAUACGGCUGCUCAAACAGGCACAUACACACACUAAUUCCUGACAUUUUCACUUUUCACAUCCACACAUUGUUAAGUACUCAUGCACGGUCUCAACACACACAGAUAAGUACAAACACAAACUCCUAUUCCUGCGCGAUUCUCUGUCCACUUCUUGGCCCCUGCUCUGCAUGAUGACUUCAGCAGAUGCCGGAGUCCUGGUCUUCGGCCUCCGGACUGGGGAGGGAGUUCCCGGUGGAGGCUUGCUGUCCCCUUCCGGGAAAGAGCAGAGCCUGGGGAGGUGGAGCCCUCUUCCCUGGGGGUUCCAGGGAAGGGAGAUCUGCGAACAGCUGCUGUGUUGGUGGGUGGUGGUGGGGCUUCCAUCCUCAUCCCCUAGGGGCUUCUCGGAGAAAUGUCUAAAGCUGGAUGGUUUCACAGAACCAGAGGUUGGCGGCAGGCCUGUAUGGGCUCCUGUAGGCCAGACUCAUUAGGUGUGGUGAGGCUAGGAGUUGGCAUGGAAGCAAGCAUGAGCCUGCAUCCACCUCUAGAAGGCAGGAGACCCCAGAGGGCACCUGUGGGCUCCCUAAAAGUUCUGGGUUACUCGUUUUGCCAGCUCCACCCUUGCCGCCUCUCUGUCUGGGAGAAACUGAGGCCCAGCUCAGGGGAGGCUGGGCACUGCCUGGCCUUGGCUCUUUAUUCGCUAAUUACCAUCUGAGUUGCUGUGUCCCUGAGGUUGCUUCUGCCCCCAAGUAUCCUCUAAUGAGGCCACCUGUCCCAGGGGACUGGGAACCUGUGCUGGGCGUUGGUAGAGAACUCCCUCCUAAAUUUGGCGUCCCAGCCUCUGGGAGGGAUGCAGGUUUGGGCUGGGGCCCUGCAUAACCACCAGGCCUACCUUCCCCUCAUCGCCUUUGCUUGGUAGGGUCAGCCCUUAGCCCUAUUCAGGCCGGAGCUGGGCGGUGAUCUGGAUCCCAGGAAGAUCUGAGUUUCCUGCCAGUGCUUGGAGAAGGAGCCCUGGGGGAUCAGGGCAUCAUGGACUGAUGUCAGGAAGCUGUUUGAUGUGGGACAAGGGGUCAGGAGAGGGACUGAGGGACUUGUAUAGGGAGGGGCUCAAGGUGAAAGGACUCUGACACCGCUGCCCUGCUCACAGGUUCCCCUGGAGGCCCUUGGCCAGGCCUGAGCCUCUGUCGCCAUGGCCAUUGUACAGACUCUGCCAGUGCCACUGGAGCCCGCUCCUGAGGCCACCACUGCCCCACAAGCUCCAGCCAUGGGCAGCGUGAGCAGCCUCAUCUCAGGCCGGCCCUGCCCCGGGGGGCCAGCACCUCCCCGCCACCACGGCCCCCCUGGGCCUACCUUCUUCCGCCAGCAGGAUGGCCUGCUACGGGGUGGCUAUGAGGCACAGGAGCCGCUGUGCCCAGCUGUGCCCCCUAGGAAGGCUGUCCCUGCCACCAGCUUCACCUACAUCAACGAGGACUUCCGGGCAGAGUCACCCCCCAGCCCGAGCAGUGACAUUGAGGAUGCCCGAGAACAGCGGGCACGCAGUGCCCAUCUCCGCGGCCCCCCACCCAAGCUCAUCCCUGUCUCUGGAAAGCUGGAGAAGAACAUGGAGAAAAUCCUGAUCCGCCCAACAGCCUUCAAGCCAGUGCUACCCAAACCUCGAGGGGCACCAUCCCUACCUAGCUUCCUGGGUCCUCGGGCCGCCGGACUGUCUGGGAGCCAGGGCAGCCUAACACAGCUGUUUGGGGGCCCUGCCUCGUCCUCCUCUUCCUCCUCCUCCUCGGCUGCUGACAAACCCUUGGCACUGAGUGGCUGGGCCAGCGGCUGCCCAUCGGGGACACUGUCUGACUCGGGCCGAAACUCACUGUCCAGCCUGCCCACCUACAGCACCGGGGGUGCCGAGCCAGCCAGCCACUCCCCUGGUGGGCACCUGCCCUCCCACGGCCCGGGGCGGGGGGUGCUGCCCGGACCAGCCCGAGGGGCCCCAACUGGGCCCUCCCACUCGGACAGUGGUCGAUCUUCCUCCAGCAAGAGCACAGGCUCCCUGGGAGGCCGUGUGGCUGGGGGGCUCUUGGGCAGCGGCACCCGGGCCUCCCCUGACAGCAGCUCCUGUGGGGAGCGUUCCCCACCCCCACCCCCACCCCACCCCCCCCCUUCGGAUGAGGCCCUGCUGCACUGUGUCCUGGAAGGAAAGCUCCACGACCGUGAGGCAGAGCUGCAGCAGCUGCGGGACAGUCUGGACGAGAGUGAGGUGACCAUGUGCCAGGUCUACGAGGAGCGGCAGCGGCACUGGCCACGGGAACGCGAGACGCUACGGGACGACAGCACCGCCCAGGCCCAGCGGGCGCAGCGGGCCCAACAGCUGCUCCAGCUGCAGGUGUUCCAGCUGCAGCAGGAGAAGCGCCAGCUGCAGGACGACUUCGCGCAGCUGUUGCAGGAGCGGGAGCAGCUGGAGCGGCGCUGUGCCACCUUUGAGCGGGAACAGAGGGAGCUUGGGCCACGGCUCGAGGAGACCAAGUGGGAGGUGUGCCAGAAGUCAGGUGAGAUCUCCCUGCUGAAGCAGCAGCUGAAGGAGUCCCAGGCAGAGCUGGUGCAGAAGGGCAGUGAGCUGGUGGCCCUGCGGGUGGCGCUGCGAGAGGCCCGAGCUGCACUCCGGGUCAGCGAGGGCCGAGCUCGGGGCCUGCAGGAGGCCGCCCGGGCCCGGGAGCUGGAGCUGGAGGCCUGUUCCCAGGAGCUGCAGCGGCACCGCCAGGAGGCCGAGCGGCUCCGAGAGAAAGCUGGCCAAUUGGACACCGAGGCAGCUGGACUCCGGGAACCCCCUGGGCCACCUACCGCCACGGACCCUUUCCUCCUGGCAGAGAGUGAUGAGGCCAAGGCACAGCGGGCAGCCUCGGGGGUCGGGGGCAGCCUGCGGGCCCAGGUGGAACGGCUGCGGGCAGAGUUGCAACGGGAGCGGCGGCGGGGGGAGGAGCAGCGGGACAGCUUUGAGGGGGAGCGGCUGGCCUGGCAGGCGGAGAAGGAGCAGGUGAUCCGCUACCAGAAGCAGCUGCAACACAACUACGUCCAGAUGUACCGGCGUAACCGGCAGCUGGAGCAGGAGCUGCAGCAGCUCAGCCUGGAGCUGGAGGCCCGGGAGCUUGCUGACCUGGGCCUGGCCGAGCCGGCCCCCUGCAUCUGCCUGGAGGAGAUCACUGCCACCGAGAUCUAGGGCCCUUGGCAUCCUGGAGCAGCAGGGAGCUUGACUGCAGUGGGGCCACGGAGGUCCCCCGGGUCUGAGGGCCCCAGAGCCGCUCGUGCUCCAGGAUCCAGGCUUCUGGGCCUCUGCCAGGGCCCUGGGGGCAGCCCUCUGACUUGGUUGAGCAAGAUUAGCCCCCUUGAAGGUCCCGUUUCACUGUCUCACAGAGGCUCCUACUUACUUGACCCAUCCCACCCCUCCUGCUGCUGCCAUUGCCACUCUGCCAACUGCAUUUGUCCCUGACGAGGGAGUGGGGGGGGCUGGGAGGAGGAGGGGGGUCCCUCCUUUCCACACUCUCCCCUACCCCAAAGCCAGAGAGAGCCAGAUAGCACCAGCUGCUCCAGAUGUGCCUGCCCCCUCUCUGCCUAUGUCGGGGGUGGGGGGCCAGGGCUGGGACUGGGGUCUGACCCCCAUGCUCCAGCCCUGCAGCCUCUCUCCUAGGGCGAGGGGGCUGUAGUCAGACCAAAGGAAGAACUCAGAAUUGUCUUGUUUAUUUGUGUUUGUGACCAAGGGGCCCCUCCCCACACCCAGGUUUAUGGCCUCGUUUUCACUUGUAUAUUUUUCCACACUGUAAAUUUCUUGUACAAACCCAAAGAAAAAAAAUUAAAAAUUUU